AAGAUAAAACAAAUUUUAAAAGUGGAAUCACAAGCUAUAGAAGAAAGGGUAAAAUUAAUUGAAUCGUUUAAUUCAAAUCACCAGAAUCAAGAACCGUCUUGUACAUUCCAACCUUCAGAGUUACAGAUACUUCCUUCAUAUGCAAACAAGGGAGCCAACAGCUAUGGCCAGCUUGGUCAGGGUCACACAGAUGAUAAAAUCCUGCCAGGGGACGUAACUCCAUCAGACAUUAAUAUUCGCAGUGUUACAGGAGGUGGUGGUCACACCCUGGUCAUCGAUGAUGAUGGCAGUCUGUUUGUUUGUGGAUCAAACAACAAGGGUCAGUUGGGACUUGGUCACACCCAGGACAUUUCCACACUGACCAAGGUCAAGUUACCCGGUGACACUGUAGUUACCAAGGCAACAGGUGGAUGGGAUUUCACCUUGAUCAUAACAGCGACAGGAGAGCUGCUUGCGAUGGGUUCAAAUGCCUUUGGACAAUUGGGGUUACCAGGUGCAAACCAAGUCUUACUGCCGGUCAUAGUAAAGGUACCAAAUCAUGAGAAGGUGGCUGAUGUUGCUGCAGGGCUCAGACAUGUAGUCAUGGUUACAGUCAGUGGCAAUGUUUAUUGCUGGGGUGCUGGGAGAAAGGGUCAGUGUGGAGUUUUAGUGGACAACAAACCUCCAAAUAAACUUACAAGUCCAUCUCAAGUGACAAUACCGGAGAUUGAGGGAUGUGUGCAUGCAGUUGUUGCGGGAUCUCACCAUUCAGUGGCCAUGACAGACCGGGGCCAGGUGUAUUUGUGGGGCUGUAACAAGUAUGGCCAGUGUCUUCAGGAUCCAAGUCACUGUAGUUCUGUCCCCACCCCCACAGCCGCCCCACCCAGGGACUGGUCAUUGACCCACCUCAGCAGUGGAUGGACACACCUGUUAGCGAGGACAGAAGACGGUAAAUUAUACAGCUGGGGCAGAGGUGACUAUGGACAACUGGGGAGAUCAUGUGAUGGGUCAUGUGAUCACAUUCCCACCUUGAUACCUAACCUGCCUUCUGUUCAAAACAUAUCUUGUGGAUCUGAACAUAACCUAGCCAUCAGUGGUGAUGGAUUGGUGUUUUCCUGGGGGUGGAAUGAACAUGGUAUUUGUGGAACAGGCAAUGAAGAUAAUGUCUAUAAUGCUCAGCAGGUGGCAGCACUGUCGAAUCUCAAGGUCAAAUGCUUUGGAUGUGGAAAUGGACAUUCAUUAGUGUUUGGUUCUGAAAUUACUUAACACAUAAAUAAACUGAAUUAAAUUUUUAAAUAUUA